CACAAUUACACUGAUCAAUGACUGAUCGAUGCUAUAAUAAUUGCUGAAAAAUAGCAGGUAAGUAAAUCAUAUAAUGACGUUGCUGAAUGGAAGCACCAAUUCUGUGAAAAGCGGUAAAAUAAGGUCCAUGCGCACUGCAUAUGCUUUUCUCAUGUUUUAUCUGCUGAAGAACGCGGAGGUGAAUCAUGCAAAGAUAUAAGACAAGUUCAGGGUUGUACAAUCACUUUACUUUCCUCUGAAUCUUAUCCACUUCAAGAUUGUCUUUUACUCCUUUAACCAAGAUCUGAGUCUAUUUCUUCUCAACCUCCUACAUCAUAUCCUCUCCUUUUCCCUGAUCUUCAUUAAAAAAAAAAAAAAAAAAAAGUGAGGAGCCGCCAGAGGAAGUGUCCGCAGCCACUCGGGGCAAACAACAGAGAAUGGUGUCGAGGUUCUUCGCCACAGAACUCCGUCAGAAGAGGAAGCUGAUGGGUCAUCUCGGGGCGCCAGGGGCCGAGGAGAUCUACUGCGACAAGGACAGGGCGGCUGCUGUGGCCAUGGGAGACCAAGAUAUCAAGACGUCUCUGAAGCGUCUGGCCAAGUUGAUAAUCGCGAGAUAUAGCAAGAACACCACUCCAAUGCUUACUCCAGGGCCCCGCUGCAAAGUCAAGAGGAAGAAGGAACGACGUGUCAUCCUUCCUGAAGGAACCAACGCAUCGGUUCACUUAACGGAGGCGCAGCGGGCGAUUUCCAAAGGGAACAUCGAAACUGCUCUCUCGUGUGCAGAGAAGGCCGUGGAGACAGGGGGUGACCCAGCUUCCCUGGUGGUGCGAGGUCGGUGCCAUCUGCUACUGGGUCAUCUGCAACAGGCGCUGGCAGACGCGAGAGACGCGCUCAAAGUCGAUCCUUCCAUUGUUAAAGCCGUGUUGGUCCAAGCCGAAGCUCUUUAUGGGAUGGGAGAAUUCGAACGAUCACUCGUCCUAUUCCAUAGAGGAGCGAGGAAGCGACCAGAUCUCACUGCCUUUACCCGUGGUGUCCACAAGGCGAGGGAAGCCAUCAUUAAUGCAAUCGGAGGAGACAAGUUCCCGGAUGUGGAUGAACCUCUGUCAAGUGGCAGCAUGACUGACGGAGGUGUCAGCGCGGGGUCAACCCAGGUCGCCGUGCCUACGAUUUCCGUAAAUGAACCGAAGGCGUCCAAGACUGCUUCGAAGCGUCUUCUAGGAGGCCUCAGCAGCGACAAGGAGUUCCUGGCGUCCCUGGUGUCCCGGAGGAGUCUCAAGAGGGAGCUGACCUCGACUGACCCCUCGAGCCUGGUGGGCAGGUCAGGCAACCACGUGGCCUCCGUCGCCAAGGAGGCUCUCACCUCUUUGCAGCAUCUCGAGACUUUCAUGUGGCAGCGAGACCCCGGCGGCAGCAUGGGGAACGGGGAAGGGGAGAAGACGGAGUUACAGAAGCAGAGAGAGCGCAAGGAGAGGGCGAGGCUGAGGACGACUUACAAGAGGAGAGUGAACGUCGUCCUUCAGAAACUCCAAGAUGUGCAAGACAUUGAACCGACGGUGCGAGAGGCGGAGGAGCUUCUGUCGGAGGCGAAGAAGGUGGGUAUCGGGGAGAAGCUCCUCUGCCGCCUGCUCGUGGGCGUGGGCGUGGCGCUGCCGAAGUGUGGGCGGGACGAAGACGCAGUGGCCUUGUUGACGGACGCGGUGCACCUUGCGAGGGCGAACGAAUACAACGACGAGGAGCACGUGGCGGUGGAGGCGCUGGGGAAGACGCUGGCAGACCGCGGACAGCAUGCCGAGGCCGUGGCUGUGUGGGAAAGGCGCAUCCCCUCGGCAGUCAACAGCAGCCAGAGGGCGUCGCUGUUCCUGCUCAUUGCACGUUCCUACUUCGCCAUGAAGAAGAUCGAGACGGGGAAAUUCUACGGCACGAAGAGCGUGAAAGAAGCCGACGACGGGCGAGACAACACCACAGCGCUCUCGGCCCUGCUCGCCCUGGUGUCUGCGGACGAAUUACCUCAACGUCCGCUCUUCAAACCACCUGACCCAUAUUACGUUAUAUAA